AUGCUUAACUGCAAGCCUGUCUCAAGUCCAAUGGAGGUUAAUGCAAAACUAUGUUCGGCAAUAGGAAAUAUAAUCUAUCUCACGCUAACCCGACCAGAUAUUACCUAUGAAGUUAGUGUGAUUAGUCAGUUCAUCCAGAAACCGAAGAAACCUCACAUGGAAGCUAUAAAGCGAAUAUUGAGGUACGUCAAGGGAAGUAUUGAUUAUGGUUUCCUUUACCGUAAUGAUAUAUAUUUUGAAGUUACUGGAUAUUGUGAUGCUGAUUAUGCUGGAGAUCUUAAUACACGUCGAUCAACUACUGGUUAUGUGUUCAACCUGGGUUCUGGAGCAGUUUCAUGGUGCAGUAAGAGACAACCAACAGUGUCAUUGUCAAGUACAGAAGCAGAGUAUCGAGCAUCAGCGAUGGCAACACAAGAAUGUGUAUGGCUCACCCAGCUACUAAAGGAUUUGCAUCAGCCUGUUGACUAUGGUGUAAUGUUAAGUUGCGAUAAUCAGGGUCUUGGAGGACUGAAGUUUGAGAAGUUUCGUAAACAACUUGAUAUGACCUCAAGGCUUACUCUAAGGGAGAGUGGUUGUUGA